AUGCUAUACCUGGUUGCUAAGGCUUCAUUAAGUGAUAAUAUUAAGUGCUUUUAUCCCAAGGACGACGAAGCUUCGCCAAUAAACUAUACAUUUGAGCUAAUUUGCACUUCUUGUAGGGAAACUCAUGAUUCAUUGGUACGGAUAAAUUGCUUUGAAAAGCAUUCAAUGCCCGGUAGUAGAGGAGAGGCUUCUUUGGUUAUGAAGUGCAACUUUUGUGGCAAAGAGUGCUCAAUUAACUUGGAAAGAACUGAAGAGGUUUUAUACAAUACGUCUAUACCUGACAAUGAGGAAGAUAUUAAAAAAAUGGUUUCAAAUAGAAAAAAGUUGGGAUUAAAAGGCCUUGAUUCGAAUUCCGCUGCAUGGUUACAGAUGGAUUGUCGCGGUUGUGAGGUAACUAAGUUUGAAACUGCCGAUGCAGUGUUCCAGGUUGAAUUGGCAUCUGGUAAAAGUAUGGAAUGUGUAUUUGAAGACGGUGAAAAUGAAUGGUAUGAUUAUGAUGAUGAUGCAGGGGAAGAAGUUUCAGUAGUUGAUGUAAAGUUUAUAACUGUGAAGGGUAAAUAG